AUGGAACAAGAAGCAGCCCAGGUCUCCAGAGUCUCCGUUCGGAUGCCCGAGUUUGUAGCCGCCGAUCCCGAAUUAUGGUUUGCCAUGGCUGCAGGAAGUUUUCUUUGCUCCGGAGUGACACAAGACCGGACUAAGUUUGGCUACAUCGUAGGAGCCCUGCCAGCAAAAUUUGCCGCCGAGGUGAAGGACAUAAUCAUGAACCCACCUACCGACGGGGCCUACGAGAAAUUGAAGAUGGAGCUGGUGCGACGUCUGAGUGCCUCCCAAGAAGAGAAGACCCGCCGCCUACUGGAACGAGAGGAAAUGGGAGAUCGUAAGCCAUCACAAUUCCUUCGACAUUUACAGGGACUCGCAGAUCGAACCGUCCCAGAUGCCCUGAUGAAAUCCCUGUGGAUGAGCCGGCUACCCAAGUGUGUCCAGGUGUCAUUGGCCAUCAUCAAGGACACAAAUCUCGAAGACUUGGCAACCCAUGCGGACAAUAUAAUGGAAGCCUCCCGAACUAUCGUCCACCAGAUAGCAGAGACAACCAACAUAGAGGCCAUCAUCGAUAGGAAGCUGGAGCAGAUGUUCUUAGGACUGAACCUGGAGAUAGCCACCCUGCGAGCAGAGCCGGCAGCACACCACCGACCCAGAAGAGAUGCCCUGCAACUACACCUCGGGAAACGAAGGGGGCCUUCACUAGAAGCGGCCAGUGAUCCCAGCCCAACGACGCGCCGCUUGUUCAUUACGGAUCAGGACUCCAAGUUGCAGUUCCUGGUCGACACUGGAGCAGACCUGUGCGUCUACCCUCGCAGCGCAGUCACUGGCAGAAGAGAGAAGUCCGACUACGUCCUUUCAGCAGCCAAUGGGACACCCAUCGCCACGUAUGGUACAACCACCCUCACGCUGAACCUAGGACUACGCCGAGAUUUCACAUGGAGGUUCGUCAUAGCAGACGUAUCAAAACCCAUCAUCGGCGUCGACUUCUUGAGUUUCUAUAACCUGCUAGUGGACGUGAGGAACCGAAGACUUUUGGACGGAACCACCCAACUCACUACCCAAGGAGAAGUGGCUGAGUGCUCCAUCCCAGAAGUCAAGUCUGUCAACGGAUCCUCCAGGUAUCAUGAUCUACUAACGCAAUUUCCAGAGAUCACCAGACCUACAGGAGCCCCAGGACGCAUCAGGCACAACACAAGGCAUCACAUCAAGACGAUGCCCGGACCACCAGUAGCUUCGAGACCACGACGUUUGGCACCAGAAAAGUACAAGGUAGCCAAAAAGGAGUUCGAAGCCAUGCUACGACUAGGAAUCGCCCGACCAUCCAAGAGUCCAUGGUCAUCCCCACUGCAUCUCGCACCAAAAAAGGGUUCUGAAGAAUGGAGACCGUGUGGAGACUACCGUGCCCUAAACGCCCGGACUGUCCCCGAUCAGUAUCCCGUGAGACACAUCCAGGACUACGCCCACAUCCUCCAGGGGAAGAAAAUUUUCUCAACCCUCGAUCUAGUGAGGGCGUACAACCAGAUUCCCCUGGCCGAAGAAGAUGUUCCCAAGACCGCCAUCACCACGCCAUUUGGAUUGUUCGAGUUCCCAGUCAUGACGUUUGGACUACGGAACGCAGCACAGACUUUCCAAAGAUUCAUCGAUGAGGUUUUACAAGGACUGGACUUCUGCUUCAGCUACAUUGAUGACGUACUGAUCGCCUCAUCGUCGGAAGAAGAACACAUGGAACAUCUUCGGAUCAUCUUCGAGAGGUUCCGCAACUACUCCAUCGUCCUCAACCCAGCCAAAUGCAUCUUUGGAUAA